AUGAGACUGUUUCUUCCAAACCCGGGCCUGGAUGACCGGAUCCCCUCUCACGCGGACCUGGAGAGGAUGGAGAAGGAGAAGGCAGGAGACAGGCCCAAAUGGGACAACAAAACCCAGUAUCUGCUCACCUGUGUGGGCUUCUGUGUGGGACUUGGCAACGUCUGGAGGUUCCCUUACCUGUGUCAGAGCCACGGAGGAGGUGCUUUUAUGAUCCCUUUUCUUAUCCUGCUUGUCCUGGAGGGAAUACCACUGUUGUACCUGGAGUUUGCCAUCGGCCAACGCCUUAGAAAGGGUAGUGUAGGGGUUUGGGCUGCAAUUAACCCCUACAUGACUGGAGUUGGUAUUGCAUCCAUGACUGUCUCAUUCUUAGUGGGCAUGUACUACAACACCAUCAUAGCCUGGGUGAUGUGGUACUUCUUCAACUCUUUCCAGAGCCCGCUGCCAUGGAGCCAAUGUCCUCUCAACGAUAAUCUCACAGCUCGAGUGUCAGAAUGUCAACGCAGCUCUCCAGUGGACUACUUCUGGUACAGAGAGACGCUGAACACCUCAGAGGCUAUAGAGGACGCUGGAAGUGUGCAGUGGUGGAUGGUGCUGUGUUUGGCUGCUGCUUGGAGUGUGCUCUAUUUUUGCUGCAUUAGAGGGAUUGAGACCACAGGCAAGGCUGUGUACGUCACCUCCACUCUGCCAUACGUGGUCCUCACCAUCUUCCUCAUCAGAGGACUGACUCUGAAAGGGUCUGUAGAGGGAAUCAAGUUCCUGUUCACACCAGAUCUAGAUGAGUUGGUGAAGCCAUCAACGUGGUUGGAUGCAGGAGCUCAAGUGUUUUACUCCUUCUCUCUGGCCUCUGGAGGUCUCAUCUCAUUCUCCAGCUACAACCCUGUUCACAACAAUUGUGAGCAAGAUGCUGUUAUCAUCUCCAUUAUUAAUGGCUGUACUUCUAUCUAUGCUGCCACCGUCAUCUACUCCAUAAUUGGCUUCCGGGCAACAGAGCAGUUUGAUGCCUGCGUUAAUGAAAACAUCAUGUUGCUGCUGAAUGCAUUUGAUCUUUCUGAGGGGACGGUCACAGACAGCAACUAUGAUGAAAUGCUGCAAAAGCUCAACAGCACGAUCUCAGGGCCAGAGGUCAUUCAGGGGCUGGACCUCAGCACCUGCAACCUUAUGACUUUUCUUAGUGAUGGAGUGGAGGGAACGGGUCUAGCCUUUAUCGUGUUCACAGAGGCCAUCACAAAGAUGCCCUUUUCUCCCCUAUGGUCCGUCCUCUUUUUCAUCAUGCUCUUCUGUCUCGGGCUCUCCACCAUGUUUGGAAGUAUUGAGGGAGUCGUGGUUCCCCUACAGGACCUACAGAUCUUUCCUAAGAAGUGUCCUAAAGAGGUGCUCACAGGAAUUGUAUGCUUCUCAUCCUUCUUGAUUGCGCUCAUCUUUGCUCUGCGGUCUGGUAAUUACUGGUUAGCACUCUUUGACAGCUACGCAGGCUCCAUCCCUCUGCUCAUUAUUGCCUUCUGUGAGAUGACUGGUAUAGCCUACGUGUAUGGAAUAGAUAGGUUCAAUGAAGAUAUUGAGUUCAUGAUUGGACACAAACCCAACAUCUUCUGGCAGGCCGCGUGGAGAGUGGUCAGCCCUUUGAUUGUCUUAAUCAUCUUUGUGUUUUACUUUGUCACCAAAGUCAGCGCUGAACUCACUUACAUCACCUGGAAUCCAAGCUCGGAAAACUUCCCGGUGUUGGAGACAGUUCCCUAUCCUGACUGGGUCUAUGUUAUUAUUUUCCUUCUGGCUGGAGUUCCCAGUCUUUUGAUCCCAGGAUUUGCUUUAUACAAAUUAUUCCAAAGAUGCUGCUGCAAGAAAACCAUCAAAAAACUUGAUCUCAUCACUGUAUCUGCCAAAGUCGACAUGUAUGACACUAACUAGAUUGUCAUACACCAUUUUUGACUGAAGGAGCUGCAACUAGAGGACUCAACACAAACAAGCCCUUUGACUAUAUGUUAUACCUAAAAACAUUUGAGUGAAUGACAAUAAAAAUCAAGGGUUCAAACCUUCUGUGUAGAGUUUUUUCCCCGUGGGCGCUCUGGUGUCCUACCCCUGUACAAGGUGUACCCUUAUUUUCGGCCCAUUCUCAAAAAGCCUGGUGCUGACCCAGCUGACCUAAACCAUUACCGGCCCAUCUCCAAAACCCUUGAGCGAGUUGUUGUUGCUCAACUUAAGCUGCACCUCGACACAAACAACCAACAAACUCACCAACGACCUCCUCCGUGCAGCGGACUCUGGACUACUCACCAUCCUUAUCCUCCUUGACCUCACCACUGCCUUUGACACCAGACACUCAUCCAGAGCCUGGCUGACAUUGGGAUCUCUGGUGUCCUUGGGUAUCUUGAAAGGCGCCUCCAAAUAAAAUGUAUUAUUAUUAUUAUUAUUUUCUGUAACCAGUGUAGCAUUAAAGCAUGGCGGAAUUAACAAGCUAGCUAACCAGCCAGCUGUGUGCUAGUUAGCAAGCUAGCUUGCUAGUUCAGCAAAUAAUUUUAUUUUGUAGUCAAAUGACCACGGAAAACAGUUUAAUGUGCGUUCUACUCUCAUUCUAUUCCUAUGGUAUACAUUGACGGCUUCAGUGACUUGCUUAAAAUCAGCCUUGAUAUGGCUGCUAUAGCUCUGUAAAUGCCGACGUUAUAAUUUUUUGUUAAGUUAUCUCAUUUGAAGGAAACACCGAUAAGGUUUAUAUUGCUUAACAAUUACACUGCAUAAUUUUUCCCCCUGACUCAAAUAGGUAAAUCUCUUUCUCUACUCAUUAACAUUUUAAUAACUACUCAAAUAAUUAACAAAAGCAUGGUUGAGCAUUUGUAUUACACAUCUGAGAGAAUAUGGACUACACGUGCCUAUGCUGAUAUGAUAAGCUUGUAGAUCCAACGCAAUAAAACAGUCUUGAGAUUGCUCAAGGAUUGUAAAAGACGAGCUAUGUAUAGAUAAGCUAUGAUAGAAAAUGUGUUGCCUCUGUACAGUAUUUCAUUAUAUCUUUCAAACAAAAUAAGACACAUUGUUAGAGUUUUGCAACAUAUUUUGGACAUUCUUGUUAACUAUGAAGAAAAUCUUUUGGUCUUAAUCUUCAUGUGACAAACUGGGGUCCCCGCAGACCCCAGAGCUAUACUCUCUAUAUCUCACAGGUGCUUUAUUAAAU